CGUAUUUCCAUUUAUCCAGACGUGUUUCCUCUUUCUGUUGGUCCUGAUGUUUUGACUCGUCUUUCACUCAUCACCUCACUCUUUAUUCUCUUAGCCUAGGUGCUAUAGUCAUUCUUUCUAUAACCUCCGGCAGGUCAAUCCAUUCAUUAUGCGUACCUCAACUAUCAUAGCCUCUCUGGCGGCUGCCGUCUCCGCCUAUGAGCCCUGGCUCAACGAGCCUGACACUGGUCUUGACACUUACCUCGCCAGCACCGACUGGACCGAGGGCAGCCGUCCUCUUCUCAAAGAUAUCCGAGGCGUUCCAGACUUCGAUUUUGCUGCCCGUCAAGUCUUGACUGAUCAGCAGUACGCUUUCUAUCGUACUGCUGCUGCAGGAGAGUGGGCCUACCGCAACAACCUCAAGGUCUGGGAGAAAGCUAGACUUCGACCUCAUCAGCUCGCCAGCGUGAAGGGCCUCAACGAGACUCUUGGUGUUACUAUCCUAGGCCAUAACUUCAGUGCUCCAAUCUUCAUCUCACCUGCCGCUCGUGCUGGCUAUGGUGACUCUGACCGUGGUGAACUCAACUUUGUUGACGCAGCUGCUGAUGAAGAUAUUCUCUAUGUUGCUGCUCUCUAUGCCACCAAGACUAUUGAAGAAAUUGGUGCUCAACGCAAGAAGCGUGGAAACACUAUCUUCCAGCAGAUCUACUCUAAUGCCAACCUCUCUGUUACUUGGGAUGCCAUGAAGCGUGCUGAGGACCAGGGCGUCAAGGCAUUUGUCUGGACUAUUGAUGCUCCUGCUACAUCUACUCGUCACCGAGCUGCUCGCUAUGACACUACCAAUGCUAAUGGUGCCACUUCUGUUCUAAGCUGGGAUCUUUUCAACGAGAUCAAGUCUCACACCAAGCUUCCCAUCAUCCUCAAGGGUAUCACAACCACCGAGGACGCCCUUCGUGCUGUUGAGGCUGGUGCUGAUGGUAUCUGGCUCUCAAACCACGGUGGUCGUCAAGUCGACUACUCUCCCUCUCCACUUGAGAUUGCAUAUGAGCUUCGACGCAACGCCCCUGAGAUCUUCAAAAAGACCGAAGUUAUCGCCGACAGCGGUGUCCGUUACGGAAGUGAUGUUAUUAAGCUGUUGGCUCUUGGAGUCAAGGCUGUUGGUCUCGGACGUCCUUUCAUGUACUCCAACGUCUACGGCGUCGAGGGUCCUAAGAAGCUUAUCCAGAUUCUCAAGACUGAGAUUCUUGCGGAUGCUGCUCAGAUUGGUAUCACUGAUCUUCACAACAUCCCUUCCAAGGUGCUCAACACUCGUGCCCUCGAGCGCGAUGUUUACCUCAUGGACGAGAACUAAGAUUUUUCGCCGCCCCAAGAGACGCAUUUAUGAUAUUUACAUGUACAUAUCUUUGCAGUGGAUAAAUAUCUGAAAUUGGAAACACUUCUUGUCUAGGCGUAGUUCCCCAUUAGUAAAGCAUUGCUAGCACUAGUUGAUUGGUCAGAAUACCGAGCUGCAUGGUGGCUUGCUGACUAUCAUGUGCCACGUCUCUAG